AUGGCACCAACACCCCCACCUCAUGGAGUCUAUGUUCCCGUACCUACUUUCUUCGUAUCCAAGAAGGCCUCCAACUACAAUCCCGUAGCCGCUCCCCUCGAUCUCGAGACUCAAGCUGCACAUUCUCUGCACCUAGCAAAGUCCGGCAUCACAGGGCUAGUAGCCCUCGGCAGCACAGGCGAGGCAGUACAUCUGAGCAACAAAGAGCGAUUCGAGGUACUUUCCAGUAUAAGAAAAGCGUACAAUGAUGCCGGAUACAAAGACUAUCCCAUCAUUGCAGGCACAGCAGCACAAAACAUCGAGGAAGUCGUCGAGCAGCUGAAGACAGCAAAAGAGGCGGGCUCCCAAUGGGGACUGUGUCUUGUGCCGGGGUAUUUCGCGGGGGCCAGCACACAGGAAGGUAUUAUCCAGUGGUUCACGGCUGUUGCUGAUCAAAGUCCAAUUCCCAUCAUGGUUUAUCAUUACCCCGGCGUAUCGAACAACGUAAAAGUAAUCCCUUCAACCUAUGCUACUCUGUCAAAACACCCAAAUAUCGUAGGCUGCAAGCUCUCGCACGGCGAUGUCUCCUACCACGCCCAAAUCGGCGCAAGCCCUAAGAUCGACCAUUCCAAAUUCCACACCUUCACUGGUCUGGGCCAACAACUGCUUCCCGUGCUCUCUCUCGGCUGUGCAGGUACCAUCGACGGGUCUGCUGGCUUCUUUCCCAAAUCCGUAGUUCACCUCUACAAGUUAUCAGUAAAGAACCAACCUACGGACGAAGAAGUGAAAGAGAGAAGGCUGCUGCAAUAUCAGGUUAGCACUAUCGAGGAGCUGGUGGUGAAGUUUGGAACGGUGGGCAUCAAGGAGGCUAUCAGCAGGAUCUUGGGAAUGGGCGAUGUGGAUGGGACGAGGGUGCCGUUGGUGGGUGGGAUUCCGGGCGGGGACAAGGAGUGGGAAAAUUGGAAGGAGGCAGUUGGUGAUCUGGAGGCGGUGGAGAAAAGUUUAUAG